AUGGAAAAUUCAGCUCAAAAACGUCAUAUUACAGAGGACCCCUUGAACCUUGAUGAACAACAAAACUAUCAAACUCCCAAUAGUAGUUCUACUAAAAGGAUGAGGAUAACAUUACCACCACCAAUAAAUACUUUACAACAAACACCACAAUUUGAAAAGAUCGGCUCAUGGAGUUUACCUCCUUUAACCUUUUCCUCCAAAUUUCCUCCCAAUCAUUCUUCUAACGAUGAAUGUAUUCCUUCCCCGUUGCAAUGUUUACUUGAAGCGAUUGAAAUAAAGGAACAAAAAGAAAUAAAUAAAAGUGGUGGAUUGGAGACAUCUUCUAAUAAUGAUUAUCAUGUGAAAGAAGAAUACGGUGAAGAUAAUGGUGAUUAUAAUGAUUAUGAUGAAAUCGAAGAUUAUAAUAACAUUGAUAAAGAUAAACUAGCUAAUUAUUAUGAAGAGAUGAAUCACCAUGAUGCUACUAAACUUGAAGAAAUUUCACGAGUGAUUGUUCAUAAUGACGAGUCUUUAAACAUGAAUGGUUUUAAAGAAAAAAAUCUUGGUCAUUUACUUUAUAAUCCCAAGGAAAUUCUUCCACCACUGGAAUUCAAAGAAAAUGGUUUAAUGGAAAUUUGGAUACAAGCUAAACAUUUGACAUGGGAUAAUACCAAAGUUAAAGAGCAUUUUGUAUGGGGAACAGACAUUUACUGUGAUGACUCAGAUGUUGUUGCGACUCUUAUACACUCUGGAUUAUUUGUCCCUCUUGAAUAUGAUAAAUCAAAGGUCGUACAAAAUCAACCUAAUUAUGAUCUUCAUGUUACCAUUCGUGCCUAUCCAAAACUACUUUAUUAUAAGGGCACCAAAAGAAACAAUUAUAAAAGUAGAUGUUGGGGUGAUCAUCAUGGAGUUAGCUACAAAAUUGAAAAGGUUGAAAAAAUACAAAUCGGCGAAGCGAUUUGUAGAUCAAAAGGUGGCAAAGGAACAAAAGAAAGAAUGAAAAAUUUUCUUGUAAAGAGAAAAAAAGCAUUUAAUGUAUCAAAUAAUCAAAAUGCCAUUUUAUUCCUGUUUAACAAUGAACAUGAUCCUUGUUAUAAGUAUUCACCAGAAUUGAUGUCAGAUAGCAAAUAUAUAAUUAACAGACUAUAUUCUGAAGUCUUGUACUUGGAAAAUGAUGAUGAAAGAUAUGAAGUAUCAUAUAAUGAGAAGCAAAGCAAAUAUAGAUUUUCAAUAGUAUCACCAUCAGUUUAUUUAGGAGACAGAAAUAAAAGCAAUUUAAAACAUCCGUUAAGUUCUGAUAAGUUGGAUGAAAUAAUUCGGGAUGAUUUAGAUUUUCAUGAAUUAUCAUGGAAUAUUGUUGGUGUAGUUGUAGCAGAUAAACAAAAUCAACAACAUAGCUUAUUAUGCAUCAUCAACAGAAUAUUUUGGUAUUCAAAAAGUCAAGACUAA